AUGGAGUGGAAUCCGGAGACUCUACAGUUCCUCUCUCAAUGUUUUCUCCACACGCUCUCUCCGGAACCGGAACCACGUCGAGCAGCUGAGAGAUCGUUAUUGGAAGCCGCCGAUCUGCCUAACUACGGUUUAGCCGUUCUCCGUCUGGUGGCUGAGCCUUCAGUCGAUGAGCUGUCUCGUCACGCCGCAGCUGUCAACUUUAAGAAUCAUCUCCGUUCACGGUGGUUACCUUCUGGUGAUUCUGGUGUUUCUCCGAUCAUAGAUUCGGAGAAGGAGCAGAUCAAGACACUCAUCGUUUCGCUUAUGCUUUCUUCUUCACCUCGUAUCCAGAGCCAGUUGAGUGAAGCCCUAGCCGUCAUUGGUAAGCACGAUUUCCCUAAAUCUUGGCCUGCUUUGCUUCCGGAGCUUAUCUCCAGUCUUCAAAAAGCUGCUAUGGCCGGAGAUUAUGUGUCCGUUAAUGGUAUUCUUGGAACAGCUAAUUCGAUAUUCAAAAAGUUUAGGUAUCAGUAUAGAACCAAUGAUCUGUUUACUGAUUUGAAGUAUUGUCUGGAGAGUUUUGCUCUUCCGUUGCAAGAAAUAUUCCAGAAAACGGCUUCUUUGAUUGAUUCUGCUGCGAGCUCUGGUGGGUCAGCUGCGAUACUUAAGCCUCUGUUUGAGUCUCAGAAGCUGUGCUGCAGGAUAUUUUACUCGUUGAAUUGUCAGGACUUGCCGGAGUUUUUCGAGGAUAAUAUGAACGUGUGGAUGGGAGAGUUUAAGAAGUGUUUAACCUCGAAUUACCCCGCCUUAGAAAGCACAGCUGAUGGGUUAACACUUGUGGAUGAUCUCCGUGCUGCUGUUUGCGAGAAUAUCAAUCUGUAUAUGGAGAAGUACGAAGACGAAUUCAAAGGAUUUUUGAAUGAGUUUGCAUCAGUUGUCUGGACAUUACUCCGAGAUGUGUCGAAGUCACCUAGCAGGGAUCAACUAGCUACUACAGCAAUCAAGUUUUUGACCACUGUGAGCACAAGUGCGCACCAUGCUUUGUUUGCAGGGGACAAUGUAAUCAAGGAAAUUUGCCAAAGUAUUGUGAUUCCCAAUGUUUCUUUGAGGGAUGAAGAUGAAGAACUUUUCGACAUAAACUAUAUAGAGUUUAUCCGCAGAGACAUGGAGGGAAGUGAUGUGGAUACUAGAAGGAGAAUAGCUUGUGAGCUACUCAAGGGACUUGCCACAAACUAUAAAAGACAAGUUACAGAAGCAGUUUCUCUGGAGAUACAGAAGCUCUUGAGUUCAUUUUCAACAAACCCGGCUGCACAGUGGAAAGACAAGGAUUGUGCAAUUUACUUGGUCGUUUCUCUGGCUACUAAGAAGGCAGGGGGUGCGUCUGUGUCUACAGAUCUCAUUGAUGUUCAAAGCUUCUUUGCAAACAUUAUUCUCCCAGAGUUGCAAAGCCACGAUGUCAACAGUUUUCCAAUGCUAAAGGCAGGGUCCUUGAAGUUCUUAACAAUGUUUCGUAGUCAUAUCCCGAAGCCCUUUGCAAUUCAGUUGUUCCCGUUGCUGGUCCGGUUCCUUCAAGCAAAGUCCCCUGUGGUCCACUCAUAUGCUGCUAUCUGCAUAGAGAAGCUCUUGCUAGUGAAGGACGAAGGUGGAAAGAGUAGGUACGUCGCUGGUGAUUUAAGUCCGUUUUUGAUGCAGUUGAUGACGAACCUGUUUGUUGCACUGAAGUUUGAAGACUCUGAGGAGAAUCAAUAUCUUAUGAAGUGUGUAAUGCGAGUCCUUGGUGUUGCUGAAAUCAGUGGUGAGGUUGCUGGACAUUGCAUCGAUAAAUUGAAAGAUGUUCUCAGUAAAGUCUGCGAAAAUCCUAAAAAUCCUAUAUUUAAUCACUACAUCUUCGAGUCUGUGGCUGUACUUGUUCGACGGGGAUGUGAACGCGAUAUAUCUCAUAUAUCUGCAUUUGAAGCAAGUCUUUUCCCAAGCCUCCAGGAUAUUUUGGUCAAAGAUAUAACAGAGUUCUUGCCUUAUGCGCUUCAGUUACUGGCUCAGCUUGUUGAGUUGAACAGACCACCUCUCUCACCGAACUACAUGCAGAUCUUCUUGCUGCUCCUCUCGCCGGAGGCAUGGAAGAGAAGUGGCAAUGUUCCAGCUCUUGUGCGUUUGCUUCAGGCUUUCCUGCAGAAAGCACCUCACGAGGUUGCCCAAGAGAAUCGAUUGACUCAAGUGCUGGGGAUAUUCGAGAAGCUGGUCUCAUCUCCUAGUACAGAUGAACAAGGUUUUUAUGUCCUUAACACCGUUAUUGAGUAUCUCGACUACAGUGCCAUUGCUCCUUACAUGAACGGUAUAUGGAGUGCAUUAUUCACACGUCUUCAGAACAAAAAGACGGUCAAGUUCCAGAAGUCGCUAGUAGUUUUCAUGUCGCUUUUCUUGGUGAAGCAUGGACCUGCUUUUCUAGUGGAAACAAUGAACACUGUCCAGCCAAACGUCUUUACUGCAAUCUUGGAGCAUUUCUGGAUUCCGAACCUGAAACUGAUCAUGGGAGCGAUUGAGGUCAAGUUAACUGUAGUGGCUGCAACGAGGCUCAUAUGCGAGUCUCCAGCACUUCUGGAUCCAUCAGCUGCUAAGCUCUGGGGUAAGAUGGUGGAUAGCUUAGUGACACUUGUUUCACGGCCCGAGCAGGAAAGAGUCGUCGAUGAGCCUGAAAUGCCAGAAAUAUCCGAGAAUGUUGGAUACACAGCUGCAUUUGUGAGCCUUUACAAUGCCGGGAAGAAAGAAGUGGAUCCUCUCGUAGACAUAAGAGAUCCGAAACAGUUCUUGGUUGCUUCAUUGGCCAGGCUUUCUUCUACUUCUCCUGGUAGGUACACGCAGAUAAUUGGCGAGAAUCUCGAUGCUGCUAAUCAAGCAGCUUUGCUCCAGCUCUGCAACGCUUACAACUGCAGAAUUGUUUGA